GAUUUUGCAUCGGGUGUUGUGUUUGUCGGAAGUGGAGCAUCCGAUUAUUCUCUUUGCCAUUAGACGCGCGAGGAACGUUGAAUAGCUUGUUAAACAUCCACCCUUUAAAUAGAAUCUCUUUGAACUCGGAUGUUCCAUUUGCGGUGGUGGACCAUCCGGAAUAACGGUACAAUAAGAAUUUCCUUCCGUCAUAACCCACGAGGCGUGUGAUCGAGAAAAGAAAUUAUUUAUUCUCUCUUCUCCGAUUAAAGUAACCUCUCGUUAUCUUCAUCCAUCGAUACGUGAAAAGAAACUUUCUUAAUUCCAUGAAAAUCGUUCCGUAAUACGAUAUACAGGGAACUUGUAUCAAAAAUAAUAGGAGAGGACGUUUAAUCCUAUAAAAUUUCUUCUAAAAAUCUUUUCGCCCACGAAUGAUAUAAUGUCCUCUUUGCUUCUAUCGUUACCACACCACGACGUUGCAUUAUUAUGUUACGUAAUUAGAGUUGUGCAAGUUGAGCGAAACGAGGUAGCAAAAUAUAUAUAUAUAUACAAAAAGAGAAGUUUGAAUCGUCGUCUAUGAGAUUUCGAGAAAAAGAGAGAGAGAGAAAAGAAAAAGGAGUUCCGGAAUUGCAAUUCCUUCCCUUGGACGAAUCCGUGAAUCAACCGCAUCUUCGUGCCCGCACCCUAUAAUCGUAUCUCGUGCCGGAAACAAACGUGCUAUAGUGUAGACUGUUCGAAGCCGGCCUCCUCUUGUGCACGGACAAAAGACACCCCCACACGGGGUGGCGAUGUGGAGAGUGCACACAUCCGUCGGGAGUGCACGUCCACCACGAUGAAAGAGAGUAGGGCUUAAUCAGUUAGUCGAUAGGCAAAUUGGCUUAGAGGCAGCGACCGACCGGGUGGUUUACAGAACCAGCAAGCCCCGCCAGUGGCCAGUGGCCGAGUGGCGAAUCAACCCUUCGCCGAUAAGAGUCGCGUCGUGUCCCCGAUCCUUGCUAGGGUUUCCUCCACGGAUCGUGGCCCCGAAAUUGCCACCAAUGGUGAACCUCCACCGGGAAGUGUGAUAUCUGAUUCUUAUUUGUUUCUACCAACUGUUCGUUUCCCCGAAAUAUACGUUUGGUGUACGCGAAGAGGAGGGACACACGAGGACGCAGAUUCGCAGGAAUAGAGAAACUCUCCUCUUCCUCCCGAUGAUCCUCGAUGACCUCGAGGAUCGAGGCGAUUGUCGCAGAUCGACGUAACGCGCUCCGGCCACCGACUUUGAUGGAUGUUCGAGGGAAGUUCCGGCUGACGCGGCUGGUGGGCCGAUAAGCUGGCCGCGGUGUCGCGAUAAGGAAUUCUGGAGUGGUUCACGAGGGGAUUCGGAGAGCGGCAACUGCACGAUUGGACAAAGAGAAGCGGUAGAAUGUGCAGCUGAUCGGAAUGAAGAGACACUCUCUGCUGAUAUUAUGCUACUACCUGUGCACGCUCUUUGACAUGGCGGCCCUACACUUUCCCGAGGAAAUAUGCGAACCGGUACUUUCCACGGAGGUCGAAGGCUGGCAUAUUAAAGUCGAUAGCCUAUCGUCCAGUACGUUUCGACUUUCGGCGAGAAAGCGAGGGUACCGUUUUUUUCCCAAGAUCGAAAGGGAGUCGGAUCUCGAGUACGGGAGAAAGGAGUCCUCUUUGUCGCUCAAGGAUAUCCUCCCUUUGAACCCGAAGCUGUACGACAAGCACAGGGCGCCCAAGUUCCUGGGCCAGCCUACCAUCGUCUACUUCCACGUGACGGUGCUCAGCAUCGACUCCAUAAACGAGGAAUCCAUGACGUACGUUGCGGACAUAUUUCUGGCGCAAAGUUGGCGGGAUUCUAGACUACGACUUCCGGAGAACAUGUCCGAGGAUUACAGAAUAUUGGACGUAGAUUGGCUGCACAAUAUCUGGAGGCCCGAUUGCUUCUUCAAGAACGCGAAGAAGGUCACCUUCCACGAGAUGUCGAUACCGAAUCAUUAUCUUUGGUUGUAUCACGACAAAACCUUGCUUUACAUGUCGAAAUUGACACUCGUCCUCUCCUGCGCGAUGAAGUUCGAGUCUUACCCCCACGAUACUCAAAUUUGCUCAAUGAUGAUCGAAAGUUUGUCGCACACCACCCAGGAUCUGGUGUUCAUAUGGAACAUGACCGACCCCCUGGUGGUGAAUCCAGAGAUCGAGCUACCCCAGCUGGACAUCUCGAACAAUUACACGACCGACUGCACGAUCGAAUACUCGACAGGGAACUUCACCUGCAUUCAGAUAGUGUUCAAUCUUCGGCGCAGGCUCGGCUAUCACCUGUUCCACACGUACAUACCGUCCGCGCUGAUCGUGGUCAUGUCCUGGAUCGCGUUCUGGAUCAAACCCGAGGCGAUCCCGGCCCGGGUCACCCUCGGCGUGACGUCACUGCUGACCCUCGCUACUCAGAACACGCAGUCUCAGCAAUCACUGCCGCCCGUCUCCUACGUGAAGGCCAUCGACGUGUGGAUGUCCUCGUGCAGCGUGUUCGUGUUCCUCUCGCUCAUGGAAUUCGCCGUGGUGAACAAUUACAUGGGGCCGGUCGCCACCAAGGCGAUGAAGGGCUACUCGGACGAGGACCUCAGAGAAGCCAUCGACGAGUUCAAAACACCGAUGAGGAACGAUUCGGAGAGGAACAGAAGCCCGGUGAGGCCAGCGACCGUUCAAUACGACACGUGCUGCCAGGGUCGAGCGACUGCGAUUUACAUCGACAAGGUGUCCAGAUUCUUCUUUCCGUUCUCCUUCCUCAUCUUGAACGUCGUCUAUUGGAGCACCUUCCUGUAAAGGUGUGCAUCCGAACUGGGAGGGAUGCAAGAAAGGAGGAAUCGCCGAGGAUCGUUCGAUCGCCUCUUCUCCGCGAAAGGCUUUUGGCUUUGUAAUCUCUUCGACGAUUAGAAUCGAUCGCGUUGCAACGAAAAUCAGUAAAGUAUUCUUGAGAGUAAUCGAUGAUAAUCGAGUAUCAUCGAGCGAUUGAACGAAGAAUCGAACGAGACGAAGGCGGUUUUUCUACGAAUCAGAAGAAUUUCCACCGCCUUUUAUAUAAUAUUAUUAUAAACACGCAACGAAAUGAUUAAAUUAAUCGUAAGAGCAUAUCUAGCUGUUAAGAUUCGCGUUUAAGUUAUCACACUUUAAAUAAUAUAUCGAAUUGAAUUAA